AUGCUUGACUGCUGGUUCGUGGACCAAGGGCCUUCGCCGCCGCGUAUCGCGCCAAAUAGUCCCCCAUCCAUCCGGCUCCUCGAGCGUGAGAACGAGCACGGCGCCGACGCGUCGCGACACGACCACGACCAGCUCCUGUUGCUCUUGCCCGCGUCGUACCGCACAGAGUCCGGUGACUUGGCUGCUGCUGGUCGUCAAGUCACGCCCUGCGUCGAGAAGGAGCUCGACCUGCAGCGGCUGGCCAGCAUUCACAGCUGGCUCUGGGUCGCGGGGCGGCUUAUGCCGCCGCGUCCUCUGCACCACCAGCUCGUCCUCGGUCGGGAGAUCGUCAUCACGGAGCGUAUGGAUAUGCAUCUCGUCUGGACAACAGGCCGGAUGUUCCUCAAGCCCAUCCCGCGCUUCCUGCUUGAGCCUCAGUUCUGGACGAAAUACUCUCGCGGAAGGGAGUGCGGCUGCUCCAGCGACAAGGACAACGCCCAAGGAUGCACCCAGGAGCGCGGGCGAGACAUUCGGCAACAUGCGCUCGGCUUCCUGUUCUCCUACGCCGCGUUGAUAUCCCACGAGAGCGACUUCCGCAUCGCCAAGGAGAAUCGCUUGCUCCCGCCGGAAAUAUCGUGGCCUGGGUGGAGGAUCUUUGUUGAGCAGCUGGAUACGGAGUUCAUCUGCCCGCACAUCGACCCGCGGUUCCACCACGGCGAGUUGCGUCUGAACCGGCUAAGCAAGAUCUACUGUCUCCGGCAGAACCUGCUGCGCGGGUGCUUGCCGCACUGGAACCGGUACAGCGACUUCGUUCACGACAAGUUCAUCUUGUCGGGCUCGCCACCGCCCACGGAUCUAUCCCCACCAACAAACCAAUUCUAA